AUGACCACAACAACUUUGAACUUUGAUACCAUCACAAAUGAGGACCGCGGCCUCUUCAAUGGCAUCCAGUCCGAAGUCUUUACCCAGCUUCAACAGACACUCACUGCAUCCAAAGGGCCCACAAUCGAUGACAAGGUGGGCCAGUUUGUCGCCUACCUGACUUCCUACGGCCCUGACAAGCUCAACAAGGCCGAUCUCAGGCCCGAAGACUUUACCUGGAACACGUGGAAAGUCUUCACUUACACUGCCGCCUGUAUCCCACCUGACCACUCUGCGCAAAAUGUCCUCGUCCAGAUCUUGCUUGCACUCCAGGCCGCCGAGGCGCCGUGGAAGGAUUUGCCCGAGUUCAGCAUGUUCAUGAGAGACGAGUGGAACGAAAGUCCUACAUUCGAGGCCAUUGACUCAGACAAUGACCAAAAGCUGUCCCUGGACGAAUGGAUCAGUCUCAACUCCUUCAUCGCCCGAGUCUUCCGCGACGUCCAGCCCUCCUUCCGCACCUUCGGCAUCUGGGAGCUGCGCUCCGGCCUGGAGGGCGAGGUCACCAAGGACGAUGAGGGCAAGCCGCUCCCACAGGCCGGCGUCGACACCCGUGUGCGGGUCGCGGCCGAGUGGAUCAUCCGUGCCGGGGACAAGCUGUGGAGGGACUCGCUGCUCGGGGUCUGGGCCGAGGAGACGGCUUCAACCGGGCGCGCCUACAUCGGCGGUAAGCUGAUCCCGGCCACGAGGGGCUUGAACCUUGAGCGCUGGGGCUUCUGGAAGCGCCGGUUUGCCGAGGUGCGUGGGGAUGUGCAGGACGAGGCGGCUCGUGACGCUGUUGGUCGGGCUUUGGAGGCCAUGACGGCCUUGGAGAAGAAGGCGGCUGAGGCGCUGUAG